AUGCUAUUACGCCAACAAACACGUUUCUUCUCCCAAACUGCCAGAAAGAUGGACUUUUCCAAGAUGUCUAUCGUUGGCCGCAUUGGUAGUGAAUUCCAAGAGUACGUUUCACAAAAUGACAAAAAAUAUAUAAGAUACAGUAUUGCGUCUCAGCCAAGAAGGGAUGGCCCAACCAAUUGGUACAAUGUUACUGUUUUCAAUGAACCUCAAAUGAACUUCUUGACUCAAUACGUUAGAAAAGGUGCUUUGGUUUAUGUUGAAGCUGAUGCUGCUAACUACACUUACGAGAAGGAAGAUGGUUCUAAGGCUACUACUCUAAGUUUGAUUCAAAAGGAUAUCAACUUGUUGAGAAACGGUAAGUCAGAAGAAUCUUCCGAAGCUGCUACUGAAUCAACUGAAUAA